GCACAAUUUUGUAGUGCAGCCCUGUCUAACGAUAGCAGGCUGUUAUCGAAGAAUUUGGCCACACUAAUCUCUGCACUAUUUCAUUAGUAAACAAUUGUAACCAUGAGUUCGGGGGUAGUUCGGACGCCCGUUUCGCAAAUCAUCCAUAGCAAAGAUGAGCAAGAUAAUGACGAUGAACCUAAGAAAAAAUCUCGUGAGGACUGGCGUAAGGCAAAGGAGUUGGAAGAAGCGCGAAAAGCUGGUACAGCGCCAGCCGCCGUCGACGAAGAGGGUCGAGACAUCAAUCCACAUAUACCACAGUACAUCUCAAAUGCGCCCUGGUACUAUGGCUCCCAGGGGCCAACACUAAAACAUCAACGUCCACAGCACGAAGAUGAGCGUGGACAGUUGGAAAAGCGGCCACCCAAGGGCUUGGACACCACUAAACUGGUAACCAAAUUUCGUAAGGGUGCAUGUGAAAAUUGCGGUGCGAUGACACACAAGAAAAAGGAUUGUCUAGAACGUCCGCGCAAAGUGCAGGCUAAGUACGCUGAAUCUAUAGUGGUGCAUGAUGAGCACAUUGUGAACGAGGCCGCUGUUAAUUACGAUGAGAAGCGCGAUCGCUGGAGCUCCUACGAUCCGGCCAAUCAUCGGGAAAUUAUCGAGGAGUAUGAGAAGGUGGAGGAAACAAAACGUCAAUUGAAGGCUGAAAAACUGAAGAAUGAUCCUGACGCUGAAAUCUCUGAUGAGGAGGGCAAUGAGGACAAAUACGUCGAUGAGGUGGACAUGCCUGGUACUAAAGUCGAUUCCAAACAACGCAUUACGGUACGAAAUUUGCGUAUUCGUGAGGAUACCGCCAAAUAUUUGAGGAAUUUGGAUCCCAAUUCUGCCUACUAUGAUCCAAAAACUCGUUCCAUGCGUGACAAUCCUAAUCCGCAAGUACCAGCAGAGGAGGCGGAAUUUGCUGGUGAGAAUUUUGUACGCUUUUCUGGCGAUACUACAGCACAGGCUACGGCACAGCUUUUCGCUUGGGAGGCGCAUGGCAAAGGCGUCGAUGUGCAUCUCCUAGCCGAGCCCACGAAACUGGAAUUGCUGCAGAAGGAGUAUGAGCAAAAAAAGGAACAGUUUAAAUCAAGUACCAAAACUCAUAUUGUGGAGAAAUAUGGUGGCGAGGAGCAUUUGCAGGUGCCGCCCAAAUCUUUGCUGCUGGCUCAGACCGAGGAGUAUAUCGAAUACUCACGCAGCGGCAAGGUCAUUAAAGGCAUGGAGAAGCCUAAGGCUCGCAGCAUUUACGAAGAAGAUGUUUACAUCAAUAAUCAUACUACUGUGUGGGGAAGUUUUUGGAAUGCUGGUCGUUGGGGCUACAAAUGUUGCAAGUCCUUUAUUAAAAAUUCCUACUGCGUGGGUAUGCAGGAGCCAGAAGGCUAUGCGGAACAGCAACAUGGAGGCGCAUCUACCUCAACGGAAGCGCAAUCAAGACUGCAAGUUGUCGAAGAGAUCGAAAAACCCACGUCCGAGGUUGGUUCUGCACCUAGCUCUGAUUCCUCAUCAGAGGGCGAUGAACCGGAGGUUGUAACCAAGUCCAAGAAGAAAUCCAAGAAGCGCGAUAAGAAAAAAAAGGCAAGGGAAGAGCGCAAAAGGAAAAAUAAACACAAGGAAUCAUCCAAAGCAGAAACAAGCGAGGAGGGCCAUAAAAAUAAAAAGGGACCGGCAGAGGAAUUGGACGAUCGCAAGCGUCCUUACAACAGUAUGUAUGAUGUGAAAGCUCCUACCGAGGAUGAAAUCGAAGAGUGGAAGAAGAAGCGCACACGCACGGAAGAUCCGAUGUUGCAAUUUAUGUAAAAAAAAUUCGUUUUAAAUGAUUUAGAUAAACAAAAAUUACAUUAUACCCGUUUAUGAUUAAAACUAUACAAAUCUUUAACAUCCAA